UUGAUAUCACUGUGUUCAUUUCUAAAAAAAUUCUAACAUUAGAAUAUUUUAGAAUCCGAAAAAUGCGAAUCUGAAAAAAUUUCUGCUGAAGGAUGAAGAGCUUCCAACUUCCGUCAUGCAAGCUAUAGAUAUGGGAUGCAAAAGAGAAAAAACUGUGGUCUUUUUAGAAGACUUCACCCUCAAUAGUAAUCAUAUCAAGCUCGGCUGUGAACUAGUGUCAUUUGAUGAAGCUUCUCUUAUGAGCCUAUCAAUUGCUUACAGAAAGCAUAGCCCGUACACGUAUUACUUUAAUGUAUUCUUGCAAAAAAUGCAAUCCUAUGGUUUACUGCAGAUUUUAAGACGAAGAAACGAUCGUGUCAAUUAUAAUUUGGAAGAUAAUUACGAGCCUACCACGGUUUACAGUGUUCUGCCAAUAUUUGCACUUCUGGUAAUAGGAAUGUUGCUAUCCCUCUUAAUAUUGAUUUGGGAAAUUUUUCGUUAUCGGAUGAUUUUACGAAAUCACGAAUUCGCUAAAUCAAGGACCAACUAUUGGAAACCGCUUAUAAGACCCAAUCACUAAAUUUACUCAUAUUUUCUGUAUUCAAACCAUAUGGUGAAUUAAUAAAAAUAGAACGACGUGAUUGUUUAAGUUUAUUUAUAAACAUUUACAUGUUUCCAUAUUUAUUUACU